AUGUCCAAAUUUCCCGACUACUACCAGCUCCUGAGUAUUCCUCAGACUGCGACUCCCGAUGAAAUUAGGCAUGCGUACAAGAUACAGUCCUUGAAGACCCAUCCUGAUAGACUGGUCAAUGCAACACAAGCCGAGAAGAAAGCUGCAACUGAGCGGUUUCAGGCAGUAGCAGAUGCGUACUACGUACUUUCCGAUGCCACAAGGCGAAGAGAAUACGACACGAUCUACGUUUCACGCGGUGCUCAAGGAAGGACGGGAGAGCCGCAGGCCUCUGCAAAUUGGUUCAACACCUUUGCUAGUAUGUUUGGCGGGGGUGUCCCAAAUGCCGGUGCAGGGUCUUCGGCUGGGGCUCCAGGUACUCAACCUGACGCCGACAAUGUCUUCGCCGAUGUCUUCGAGGAGCUACUGCGACCGGAAGUGCAGCGACAUGCGCCGUGGUGGUCUUGGCUCGGAGCCAUCUGCGGCGCAGGCCUUGGGUUCAUUAUCGCGAAUAUACCCGGGAUGAUGUUCGGAGCAUAUGCCGGAAACCGCUUGGGUGCAAUCAGAGAUGCUAAAGGGAAGAGCGUUGCGUCGGUCUUCGCUCAGCUCGGUGGUAAUCAGAAAGCAGAGAUACUACGUGCGUUGGCAGCCAAAGUCCUUGGCGCUGCUGCGAACUCAUUCUGA